AUGUCAGGAGAAGAGAAUAGGAAAACACCAGUUACUUUGAUUUCAGGGUUCUUGGGGUCAGGUAAAACAACCUUUUUAAAUUACAUUUUAACAGAGAAUCAUGGGAAAAAGAUUGCAGUCAUUCAAAAUGAAUUUGGUCAAGGUAUUGGGAUAGAGACUGCAAUGAUUGUAGGUGAAGAUGGUUCAAAGGUGUCUGAAUGGUUAGAGUUCCCAAAUGGAUGUAUUUGUUGUACUGUCAAGGACGACUUUAUCCAAUCCAUCGAAAACAUGUUGUCAAAGAGAUCAUUUGAUUAUAUUUUAAUUGAAUCUACUGGAAUGGGAGACCCAGGACAAAUAUCAUCAUCUUUAUGGGUUGAUGAAGGAUUAGAGUCACCAAUCUAUCUAGAUAGUAUUAUAACAUUGGUCGAUUCAAAGAAUAUAUUAAAACAAAUCGAACAAGGAGAGAGAAAUAGAAUUAAACAACAGACCAGCGCUGUUGUGGUAGAGGAGGAUGGGGGGGAGGAGGAAGGUGGUGGUUCAGAACCUCCUCCAUUAAAGGAGACAGAGGCAGAGAGACAAAUUGCAUUUGCCGAUGUGAUUCUAUUAAACAAGGUUGAUUUGGUCGAUGAGCAACAAAUACAACGUGUCAGAGCCAAGGUACAGGAUAUUAAUCCUUUGGCAACGAUCUUUGUAACGCAAAAGUCGGUGGUUGAUUUGGACAAGGUUCUCUCGAUCCAACAGUACAAACCAAACGUCGAUAUCAUUAAAAACUACAAGGCUGCUGCUGCAUCUGGUGUAUGCUCUGAUUCCUCUUGUUCUGAUCAAGAGCACCAACACCACAACCACCAACAUGGCAGUGAGAGCGUGCAUUCGAAUCGCAUCAACACAAUCUGUGUUGAAAAGAGUGGGUCGGUUGGUUUGACCGAUAUGAACAGAUGGAUCGGAUCGAUUGUUUGGAGCGAGUACCAAGACAAGGUUUUUAGAUGCAAGGGUCUUAUCUCGAUCGAUGGAAACGAAUACAAACACAUUCUUCAAGGUGUUUAUGAAACAUUUGAAAUCCUCCAAUCCGAUAUCAAGUGGUUGCCAAAUGAAGAACGUAUAAACAAGUUGGUGUUUAUUGGUGAAUGUGGCGACAUGCAUAAUCUCAGGCAAGACCUUGCCUAA